AGAUGCACGGGAGAAGCUAUGCUGGCGACAGCGAGGAGCUGCUGCGCAGGCAAAUCUUCGAGGACAACAAGAAGCUGAUUGACACGCACAAUGCACGCUACGAAGCUGGCGAGGAGACCUACAAGAUGGGCGUAAACGCGUUCACGGAUUUGCUGCCUUCUGAAUUCAAAUCUAGGAUGAUGGGCAGCCUGAAUAGGACGGCUGUGACUGCGGAUUACAUUUACGAGCCAUCCGCGAACCUUAAGAUUCCCGAGAGCAUAGACUGGCGCACCAGGGGCGCGGUCAGUCCUGUCAAGAUUCAGGGCACAUGCGGCUCCUGCUGGGCCUUUGCCGCAGUAGGCACUUUGGAGGGUCAGAGCUUUUUAAGGACUAAAACAAUGGUUGAGUUCUCCGAACAGAAUCUGCUGGACUGCUCCUCUCACCCGCCCUACAGAAAUCUCGGCUGCAAGAGCGGCUUUCCGAGUGAUGCACUCAGAUAUGUUAAGGAUAACCAAGGAUUAGACACGCGCAGGUCGUAUCCCUAUCAGGGUGUCCAGGGACCAUGUCGUUUCCGUAGGGAGCAUGUCGGUGUCAGAAUCAAAGGAGUUGCCACGGUCAGGUCUGGCGAUGAACGCGCUUUGCAAGCGGCCGUCGCCGAGAAGGGGCCAAUUGCUGUGGGCAUCGAUGCUCAGCAUCUGCAGCUUUACCAUUCUGGAAUCUAUAAUCGGCCCUGCUUCGGUCCCGCAUACUUCCAUGCCGUUGUGCUGGUGGGCUACGGCAAGGACAGAGGCCACGAUUACUGGCUCCUUAAGAACUCCUGGGGCAACUGGGGCGAAGCUGGCUAUUUUCGCAUGGCCCGCAACAGCCGUAAUCUCUGCUAUAUUGCCAACGAUGCAGUUUAUCCGCUGAUCUAACCGAUGUAUAAACAUAGUUUUGCAAUUUGUAAAUGAGAU